AUGACUCAAUUAUCUGAGACAGAAAAGAAGUACGUCAAAAAUAAGGAAUGGAUGUAUAAGGGCGAGGCAAAUGCAAAGGAAAGACCGGUGAACUCGUUGCUGAACUGUGAGUUGGAGUUUAAACAGGCAAAAGUUGUUACCAAGCAAAAAGAAAGCGAUGAAAAUGAAAUUUUGAUGUUGGUAAAAGCAAGGCUCCGCGAAAAGAAAUUCGAUAACAUCACAUUUAGAAUAGAAAAUGAUGAUGAAAGCGAUAGUGCACCAAAUUUCAAGCCUUCUGAUGCCAGUGCAGUAUUAAAUUGUGAGGAAGUCGAGGAUUUGUUGGAUGUUCUGAAUGUCGAGCUGAUGAGAAUUAGCGACUUGAAUAACAACAUAUGUGAAUUUAAACGAAUCUCAACCAAGCGAAAGACAGAUGAACAUGCCAAGAAUAGCAAGAGUUCCAAGUCGUCGGCUAUUAAGGAACUCAAAAAACAUAAGAACGUGCAAAUUCUCUAAGUAGCGUUGUAUAAGGGGACCAGCAUCAUUGCACUCAGUUUCUCGUUUGUAAAUGCUGCUUAAUGUGUGACUCGGAUGAACAGGAGUAUAUGGCAGUUCGUAAUACACGUUAUUUUUCGUGUACGUAGCUGUGGUGACCGUAAAAUUAAAAUGUUGGUAACGAUGCGUGUGAUCGCUAUGAAGAAUGGUGGUUAUGAAUGUACUUCUGAUACAGAUUAGUGCUAGUGAAUUGCAAUCAUGAUCACAAAGUACUA